CCUCCGCCAAUGACUCAAAGCGCAGGACGGAGGUGAGAUUAUCGGGGAUUCUCAGCAGCAGCGGUCCUGUAGGUAUAAAGGGAAAUAAUCGCAAUGGGCAGCACCGACUCAAAACUGAAUUUCAGGAAGGCAGUGAUCCAGCUCACGACCAAAACACAGCCAGUGGAAGCCACAGACGAUGCUUUCUGGGAUCAGUUCUGGGCAGACACCACCACCACGGUCCAGGAUGUUUUUGCACUGGUGCCAGCUGCAGAGAUAAGAGCUGUUCGAGAGGAGUCCCCCUCAAAUUUAGCAACUCUGUGUUAUAAGGCUGUGGAGAAGCUGGUUCAGGGGGCUGAGUCUGGCUGUCCUUCUGAGAGAGAGAAACAGGUAAUCCUGAACUGCACUCGCAUCCUGACCCGCAUCCUUCCCUAUAUAUUUGAGGACCAGGACUGGAGAGGAUUCUUCUGGUCAACGGUGCCUGGUGCUGGGCACGCCGGGACAGAUGAGCUGGAUGAUGAUGAUGGAGCUCGACCACUGGCCGAGUCACUGCUUCUGGCUGUCGCCGACCUCCUCUUCUGCCCUGACUUCACUGUGCAUAGUCAUAAGAGAGGCCCUGACUCCAUAGAAAACAUGCAGUCUAUAGACAGCUGUGAAUACAUCUGGGAGUCAGGGGUGGGAUUUGCACAAUCCCCCCCUCUUAACUACAUACAUGACCUGAAUAGGACAGAGUUGCUGAGAUUGUUACUAACCUGCUUCUCUGAGGCCAUGUACCUGCCUCCCUCAUCAGACAACAAUGUCCUCAACCCCUGGGUGACAUUCUUCUGCUCCACAGAAAAUAGACAUGCUCUGCCUCUGUUCACAUCCCUUCUGAAUGUGGUAUGCGCCUAUGAUCCAGUGGGAUACGGCAUCCCGUACAACCACCUGCUUUUCUCUGACUACCGGGAGCAGCUGGUGGAGCAGGCUGUACAGAUCCUCAUUGUGACGCUGGAGCACGAUGGAGGGGUCCCCCAUCAUCCAGCCUCUCCAUCCAGCAUGGAAGAACAAGAGUCUGCAGGCCCUGAGAACCUGUUUGUGAAUUAUUUGUCAAGGAUUCACAGAGAGGAGGAUUUUGACUUUGUCCUAAAGGGCCUAGCUCGUCUCCUAACCAACCCUUUGACUCAGACAUACCUACCGAACUCCACCAAGAAGAUCCAGUUUCACCAGGAGCUGUUGGUGCUUUUCUGGAAACUCUGUGACUUCAAUAAGAAGUUCCUGUUUUUUGUCCUGAAGAGCAGUGAUGUUCUGGAUAUUCUGGUUCCUAUACUUUACUACCUAAAUGAUGCAAGAGCUGACCAGUCACGUGUUGGACUCAUGCACAUUGGCGUGUUCAUUUUGCUGCUGCUGAGUGGAGAGAGAAACUUUGGUGUACGCUUGAAUAAGCCCUAUUCCAUCCAUGUGCCUAUGGACAUCCCAGUGUUCACAGGGACUCAUGCUGACCUGCUUAUAGUGGUGUUCCACAAGAUAAUCACUACAGGCCAUCAGCGUCUCCAGCCUCUCUUUGACUGCCUUCUCACCAUUGUUGUAAAUGUUUCCCCUUAUUUAAAGAGCCUGUCCAUGGUAGCUGCUAAUAAACUGCUCCACCUGCUGGAGGCCUUCUCCACUUGCUGGUUCCUCUUCUCUGCAGCCCAGAACCAUCACCUUGUUUUUUUCCUUCUCGAGGCUUUCAACAACAUUAUCCAGUACCAGUUUGACGGAAACUGCAACCUGGUGUAUGCCAUCAUCCGCAAACGUAAUGUGUUCCAUCAGCUGGCCAACCUGCCCUCUGAUCCCGCUUCCAUCCAGAAGGCUUUGCAGAGGAAGAAAAAAUCACCAGAUGUCAUUUCACGUACAAGCUCCCAAGAGACUGUGUCCAUGGAGGGCUCACACCCUGCAGUGCCAGCAGAGCCUGGUACACUCAAGGCCAGUCUGGUCGCUAUCCCAGGCAUUGAUAAACUAACGGAGAAGUCCCAGGUAUCAGAGGAUGGCACCAUGGUGUCAGUCCCAAAGACAGACUCCCCACACACAACCCACUCAGACCAAAGUGCAGCCGCUGGGACCAGUGACACUGAGUCAAACUCAGGCAGAGACAAUGAAGAUGUUUUCUACACUGAAGCAGAAAUGGAGAGAAGACGUUUGUCGAGCGCGUCUUCAACAUCCUUCUGGGCUCCCACACCAGAAUGGGUCCUCUCUUGGAAGUGUAAGCUACCCCUGCAGACUAUCAUGCGUCUCCUACAAGUGCUAGUUCCCCAAGUGGAAAAGAUCUGCAUCGACAAGGGUCUGACAGAUGAAUCAGAGAUCCUGAAAUUCCUGCAGCAUGGCACACUAGUGGGCCUGCUGCCAGUUCCUCAUCCCAUCCUCAUCAGAAAGUAUCAGGCCAAUGCAGGCACUGCCAUGUGGUUUCGCACCUAUAUGUGGGGUGUUGUUUAUUUGCGCAAUGUGGACCCUCCUAUCUGGUACGACACUGAUGUCCGCCUUUUUGAAAUCCAGAGGAUGUAGACAGAAGACUUCAUGACUGAAAAUGAGAUUGUUCCCAGUCUAGGUUUAAUCUUCCCUUCAGUAUCUGCUGGUUUCCUGGUAAAUCUCACUGUGUUGAAAUUUCUUCGUGAUCAUAAAACUUGCCCCUUACACCACCCACUUUGGUUGGAGAGUCAUUCAGACAAGUGAGAUAGAGAUUCCUCUCUGAUUAAGAUGGAAGAUGUUUGAGUCAUCAAUAUUGUCCGUAAACAACUGUACAUUUCUUCAGACCUCAAGACCACAGAAUGUCUGUCAUAGCACUGCGACGACUGGAGCAUUCACUAAAGGCUGAGGCUCUUUUCUUGACAGCAUAGACGUCAAAGAGGAAAUACUGUUUAACUUUUCAGUCAGAUGUGUCAUAGAAGAUAUGGUGCUUUCCAACAAAAGGCUUGUAUCAUAUCUUGGUUGGCAUAAUAUUAGUGUUUUAAGCUAUUUGUCGUACUCGCCAUGCUUUAAAGUGAACUUGCACCUUUUCAAAUUGUCUAAUAUGGUUGUAGUUUAUGUGAUGAUAUUGAAGAUAAUACAGACUGUAUGUUUUUAUGUAAA